AACGCGGAAGCGAAUAUGACGGCAAGUUUGUAAUCGUUUGUAAAGCCUUACGGGCUCCAUGACAGCAAUGUCUAUUCGGCAAACAUGUUGAUAACGCUAUGUUACGUCUACCUGUGGGUGCGCUUUCAGAAAUGCUACACGGGGGUCAUACGGAGUGUUCUUUUUAGGCUGCGUGCAAACCGAAGCAGCUUCGCGUUCUGCGCGCAGAGUUUCAGCAGCCUGCAGAGCCCCAGCUCCCCCGAGCACACACUCCUCCUUCAGCUCGGUAACAAAGUCAUCUACAUCACCGAGCCUCAGGCGUGUGAUGACCUGAGCAAGUGGACUUCGUUGCUCAGCUCUUCUUUGGUCCCUGACCCAAAACUGGAGAACAUUGCUUUUAUUAUAGAAGCCACAACAAAACUGACAGCUGUUCAAUCUCCUUCAACACCAAACACAAGGAAGAAAGCACUGAAGUGGUCAGACUAUUGCCUUCCUCUGGCCUGCAGCCCAGGACAGCCAUACAGAGCAGUGGCUGAGGCGAGCCUGGAUAACUUCAGCACUCUGGGCGUGGCUUUUCUGGAAGACCGACUGCAAAUGGAAAAUGGCCUCAUUCCUGAAAAGAUAGUUUCUGUGUUGCUCAGGGAAUCUGCACUGAAAGAACUACUUGAUAAGCAGCAAUCAGACCUAGAUAAAGAGUCUGACCCAGUUAUAAGCAGCAUUCCAAAGGACGCUGUUUUGUCCUCCGCUUCUCCGAGUAAACAGCGGGCUGAAGAUAUCCUGCCAGAUUCCGGGAAGAGCACAUGUGAAGCAUCGUGUGACCAGCAGGCAGAACCAGAGCACAAAAGUGAUCACCACCACAUGGAAGGUCACCACCUGCACCUCUCCAGCUGCCACGAGUGCCUGGAGCUGGAGAAGAGCACCAUCCAGUCAGUGAAAUAUUCCUCAGUCGAGAACAUCCCGGACCUGCCUGAUGAUUACUCGGACACAGAUGUUGAGGACGAAGCAGAUGAGGCCUGGAAAAGGCUUGACAAUACAAAAAGCAAACCGCCCAACGUCCUUGUGUACACAGGCGGCUGUGAGGAGCGAUACAGACACGUGCACUCACUUCUGGCUGAAUGUAUCGACACUGACCGCUACGCUAUCUACCCCCUGCGGCCGCAGCAGGCACUUGAAGAGCCAUGGCUAGACAACACAACGCUCUUGGUGCUGGUCACAGAUGAAGUGCUCACGUCUGAGCUGCAGCUGCGCUUCCUAACAUACCUAGCCCAUGGUGGUAAAGUCCUGGGUCUGUCCUGUUCAUUGUGCCCCGCUGGGCUUAGGUUACAUUCACGGGAGGAGCAACGAGGUCAAAUCUGCAGCUUGAGCUUCAUUAAAUCAGAUAGCACAGAGGUACAGCUAAGUGUGUUAGCAAGUGGGAAUGUUUAUGUACGUGAAGCGCAUGAUACUAGCACUGGAGAAGUGGAGCUUUGGGGAGAGCUGAAUGCCAAUGGAGAGGAGAAAGACAUGGUUAUCGUCAGAGUCACUCACGGCGAGGAUGGUGGAGAAGCUGUCCUGUGUCAGGUGCAUUUGGAGUCAGCCCCAGACUCUGAACAGGUGCAGGACAGUGCUGGCUUCUCAGAGCUGAAGAUGAGUAAUGCAAAACGCUAUGAGGUCCUGACGGAAAUCCUCACCUCUCUGGGUAUCAGCUGUGAACUUAACCAAGUGCCUAAACCCAGCCCUAUUUACCUGCUUUCCACCCAGUCGAAGCUAAAGAAUGAAUUUGUGCGCUGGCUGAGAGCACAUGUGGAUGGCAGGGGCACUGUUCGCUCUCAGAAGACCAGACUGAGGGUGAUAUGGGGUCAAGGGGAGCUGGCCGAAUUAGGCAAAGGAGAGCUAGCACUGCAUACCGAAGCCCCAGAAGUCCUGUCUGAGCAUUUCAACAUGGAGACGUACAGGCAGCAUCUGCAGAGCCAGCGGCUGGGACACACACUGCUCUACGCUGAUGUCACCCCCACCACCAUGGACCUGCUAGAGGGAUUGAUGUUGCAGUUACCAGAGGAUCUGGGGUUAAUUGCAGUGGCAGCACGCCAGACUAAGGGCAAAGGGCGAGGGGGGAACACGUGGUUAAGCCCACUGGGUUGCGCCAUGUUUACGCUGCACUUGCAAAUAGCGGUGAGCUCCCGACUUGGCCAGAGGAUCCCCUUUCUACAGCACCUGGCCGCUCUUGCCGUGGUGGAGGCUGUGCGCACACUGCCUGGAUAUGAGGAUAUUGACCUGAGGGUGAAGUGGCCCAAUGAUAUUUACUACAGUAACCUAAUGAAGCUCGGGGGAGUGCUGGUCACAUCCACUGUCAUGGGGUCCACUUUUCACCUCCUCAUUGGUUGUGGGUUUAAUGUGAGCAACAGUAACCCCACCAUCUGCAUUAAUGACUUGGUAUUUCAGCAUAAUCGUGAAAGAGGAACCACGCUGAGUCCUCUAAGCCCAGCACAGCUCAUUGGCCGCUCUGUCACUCUGCUAGAGCAGCUCAUUUCUGAGUUUCAGCUUCAUGGCCCUGAAGCAGUUUUGCCUAUUUACUACAAAAGAUGGAUGCAUGGUGAUACAAAGGUGCGGUUGUGGAGUGAGGAUGGUCCUGAGGCUGACGUGGUGGGACUGGAUGAUCACGGUUUUCUGCAGGUGAGCUCUCGAGACCAGGGUCUGGUGUCUGUUCAGCCUGAUGGAAACUCCUUCGACAUGCUGAGAAACCUGGUCAUCACCAAGCACAAUUAGACUCUAUUUAUUUACACCGCGGUUUAAUACUGCACCCUUACCAUGUAAGCACUUACUGCUGUACGAGCCACAUUUUCACUGCAGUGACAGAUUUCACCAGUAACAGCAUAUCAAGAACAAAACUGUAAUAAAUGUUCAUGUUGUUUUGCUGCAUGAUCUAUUAAAAGUCUGUUUUUAAAUAAUAUAGAUGUAUAAGGAAAGGUCUGAACAGACCUCAGCCUUUAGUCUAAUAUAAGGCAAUAAUUACAACGAUUGCUUGGCAAAUCUUUAAUUCCAUACAUAAUGUAAGAUGCAUUUAGGAAAGAAAUUCACUUAAAUAAGAUCAUGUCUGGUUAAGUUUAUCAAGUCUUCUGACUGUAUUAACCUGACAACACCUGACUGUAUUAACACCUUUUUUAAUAUACAUUUUGCAAGUGUCUGCAUGCCACAAUACAUGGUGUUUAGACUAUGCAUGCUUGAUUUUUUUUCUUCAGAAAAUCCCUAUUUAAUUACGAAACAGAAAAAAAAUCUGAAACUAUUAGAAGAUAAAGAUGACACUGAUAUGAACCUAAAUGUCAUAUCUGUCCCUUUUCCAAACUUUUAAUCUGUAUAUCUGGUUGCAGUGAUGUAAAUCUUUUGAGUCCUUUAUGUUUUUAUUUUUAAUAGUUACAGUACUUUAUUUUAAGUGUUUAUAUGUGAAACUGCAGCUCUUCUUAUAUAGAACAUUUAAUUACUUGUGACUUGUUUGUUUGUGACGAUAUACAAAAGAAAGCCAGACUACUUAAUAUUUUGUGAUCAGCAGUUUCUAUGCAGAUAUGAAUUUCCAUCUUCAAUAAGUUAUACCUGUGUUUUAUAAUAAAUAUUACUUAUCCGAAAUAAAAAAAAA